AUGGGGGAGAAGUAUGGGAAGGGCCACCAUGCCGUGCUCAACAAAGGAGAGGAGAACGAGACGGAGAUAUUUGGCUAUCAGACUGAAGGCUGCCGGAAGACCCUCUGCAUUGCUGGCUACGUGUUUUCCUGUGGGCUCCUGCCCUUGGUAUUUUACUGGCGCCCAGCCUGGAGCGUGUGGGCCAACUGUAUCCCAUGUACUUUGAGAGAAGCCGAUGUCAUCCUCCUCAGGACCACGGAUGAAUUUCAAAUAUAUUCUCGAAAAAAGGUCACGUGGAUCUCCCUGUCCUCCCUGAACGGCUUGGUCAGUCUCACCCCGGACCAUCCCCUUAUCGCUGAUGAGGAUUAUGUCAUCAACCGAGCAAUCCUUAGGCCGGAUCUGAAGGUGAGGUGUAUUCAGGUGCAGAAGAUCAGGUAUGUUUGGAACAACUCAGAAGAGCAGUUCCAGAAGGUUGGGUGCCUGGAGGAUGGGUUCACUGCUGCCAAGAUACACCUGAAAUUUGGAUCUGGCCUGACCAGAGAAGAGCAAGAGAUUCGGAGACUAAUAUGUGGGCCUAAUGCCAUUGAUGUUGAGAUCACACCCAUUUGGAAACUUUUCAUCAAGGAGGUUCUCAAUCCAUUCUACGUGUUCCAGCUCUUCAGUGUCUGCCUGUGGUUCAGUGAAGACUAUAAGGAGUAUGCCGUUGCCAUCAUAAUAAUGUCCAUCAUCUCCAUCACCUUAACAGUGUAUGACCUCCGUGAGCAAUCCAUAAAGCUCCACCGGUUAGUUGAAUCUCAUAAUAGCAUCCUGGUCACUGUGUGCAGGAGAAAAGCAGGUAUCCAAGAGAUAGAGUCCCGCUACUUGGUCCCUGGAGAUCUGUUGUCUUUGAGUGGGAACAAAAUGCAGCUACCGUGUGAUGCCGUUCUCAUUGAAGGGGGAUGUGUUGUGAAUGAAAGCAUGCUGACAGGAGAGAGUAUUCCUGUCAUCAAAACGGCCUUGCCCAAGGUGGGAGACACCGUGCCCUGGAAGCUGUGUGACCAAGAGGACUACAAGAGGCAUGUUCUCUUCUGUGGCACCGAGGUCAUCCAGACCAAAGCAGCUGUCUCAGGAACAGUGAGGGCUGUUGUCCUUCAGACUGGUUUCAACACUGCGAAGGGGGACCUCGUGAGGUCCAUCCUCUACCCGAAGCCAAUGAAUUUCCAGCUCUACAGAGAUGCCGUCAGGUUCCUCCUGUGCCUCAUUGGGACGGCCACCAUUGGGAUGGUCUACACCAUCUGUGUUUAUGUGCUCAGUGGCGAGCCAGCAGAGGACGUGGUGAAGAAGGCUUUAGACAUGAUUACCAUUGCUGUUCCCCCUGCACUGCCCGCUGCCUUGACAACAGGGAUCAUCUACGCCCAGCGGAGGCUGAAAAAAAAUGGCAUCUUCUGCAUCAGCCCCCAGCGGAUCAACAUCUGUGGCCAACUCAACCUCGUCUGCUUCGACAAGACUGGCACCUUAACAAAGGAUGGCUUGGACAUCUGGGGUGUGGUCCCUUCGGAUAGAAAUGGUUUCCAGGAGGUCCACAGCUUUACCUCUGGCAGUGCUCUGCCCUGGAGCCCUCUCUGUGGAGCCAUGGCCAGCUGCCACUCCCUCAUCUUUCUGGAUGGGACCAUCCAAGGAGACCCUCUGGAUGUCAAGAUGUUCGAAGCCACCAACUGGGAAAUAGAGAACUCUGGGAUAGAUUUCCAUGUCAGAGGAGUCCCAGCACAAGCCAUGAUUGUGAAGCCAAGCCAAGCAGCCUGUCAAAUCCCGGUGGGAGGAAUCGCCAUCUUGCACCAGUUUCCAUUCUCAUCAGCACUGCAGAGGAUGUCAGUCAUCGUUCAGGAGCUAGAAGGCGACCGGAUGGCCUUCAUGAAGGGGGCACCAGAAAGGGUGGUUAGCUUUUGCCAGCCAGACACUGUGCCGAGCAAUUUUGCCAGCGAACUCCAGAAUUACACCAUGCAGGGCUUUCGGGUUAUUGGAUUGGCUUACAAAAGGCUGGAGAUCAAUCACCACAUCACUGCCCUGAGCAGGGAGGAGGUAGAAUCAAACCUGAUGUUCCUGGGUCUCCUGAUCCUGGAGAAUCGCCUGAAGGAAGAGACCAAGCCGGUCUUGGAGGAGCUCACCUCUGCCCACAUCCGGACAGCUAUGGUCACAGGUGACAACCUGCAGACAGCAGUCACUGUGGCCAGGAAAUCAGGGAUGAUUGCCGAAAGCCUGAGAGUCAUUCUCAUUGAAGCCAAUGAGGCUGAAGGAUCCUCACCAGCCUCGGUCACUUGGACGCUGCUAGAAGACAGAAAACGCUGCGGCUACAGAAACCAGGACAGUUAUAUUAACAUCGGGGAAGAUGUCAGCAGACCCAGAGGUGAAGAAGGAAGUUAUCACUUUGCCAUGACUGGGAAAUCCUAUCAGGUGAUAAGCCAACAUUUUAGCAGUCUGCUGCCAAAAAUCCUGAUGAAUGCGACGGUUUUUGCCAGAAUGUCUCCUGGACAGAAAUCCAGUCUGGUUGAAGAGUUUCAGAAGCUGGAUUACUUUGUAGGUAUGUGUGGCGAUGGAGCUAAUGACUGCGGGGCUUUGAAAAUGGCUCAUGCAGGCAUUUCCCUGUCUGAACAAGAGGCCUCCGUGGCUUCCCCAUUCACCUCCAAAACCCCGAAUAUAGAAUGUGUGCCCCACCUCAUUAAGGAAGGACGUGCGGCGCUGGUCACCUCAUUCUGUAUGUUUAAAUACAUGGCUCUGUACAGCAUGAUUCAGUACGUCGGCGUGCUCCUGCUUUACUGGAAAACAAACAGCCUUUCAAAUUACCAGUUCUUGUUCCAGGAUCUGGCCAUCACUACCCUCAUUGGGAUAACAAUGAGUCUGAAUGGCGCCUACCCCAAGCUGGUUCCUUACAGACCCCCAGGCAGGCUGGUCUCCCCUCCUCUCCUCUUAUCUGUGCUGCUCAACGUGCUUUUCAGCCUGGUCAUGCACAUGCUGGGCUUCAUUCUUGUCCGGAAGGAGCCCUGGUACUCUGCCACUGAUUUCUUCAGUGCCUGUUCCCUACCAAAGGGAAACAUUUCCAGGACAACUGCUUCACCCAUGAUAUCAGGCAAGGUUGGCCCUGACAGCUUCAUGAGUUAUGAGAACACCACAAUCUGGUUCUUGGGGACCAUCAACUGCAUCAUUGUCGCACUGGUGUUUUCCAAAGGAAAGCCAUUCAGACAGCCCAUUUAUACCAACUAUACCUUUGUCAUAGUCUUGGUGAUCCAGAUGGGGGUGUGCAUCUUCCUUCUCUUUGCGAAUAUUCCCGGUCUCUAUCAGCGGAUGGAUCUCGUCUGCACACCCACCCUUUGGAGGGUCUACCUGGUCAUCAUGCUUGCUGUCAAUCUGAUUCUGUCCCUGGUUGUGGAGAAAGUCAUCAUUGAAAAUCGAGCCCUCUGGCUGUUCAUCAAGCGAAGCUUUGGAUUUCAGUCUAAAAGCCAGUAUAGAAAAUGGCAGAGUGUGGUGGCCAGUGACCCCACCUGGCCCCCUCUCAAUCAGACUUCCUAUUCUGACCGGCUGCAGAGUGCCAGCGGGGUGUCCUACAGCAACCCUGUGUUUGAAAGCCACGAAGAGAUCCCAUAAAGGCUACAUCCUGGGGCUCUGGGGCCCAG